CGUGCGCGCACUGUACAGUGGGGACAAUAGUUUUGUUGCUGAGUCCCGAUGCUCGCGCGGGGUAGCGCCUGCGCACCGCUCUGGUCGGGGCGGGGUUUCCCGGUCGCUCAGGAAGGGAAAGCGAUGAUAUCGAGUUGUUGGGAGUGAAGGAAAUGUCCGUCUUUCUCUUUCUCCUCCUUACGGGGUCCGGCGGGAGCCAGGUCACCCUCCGACCGGCGGUGCGAGAUUGCUCAGAUUUUACAAAUACAUCUUGUGAAAGGUGCUUGGAAAAUGUCCAUUGCCUGUGGUGUUUUGUUGAUCAACGUUGCAUGAAGUAUCCUGUUGAAACUAUAAUUCCUCCUCGUUCAAUAUGCCCUUUAGACCAAGCUCGUUGGGGAGUUUGCUGGGUGAACUUUGAAUGUUUGAUCAUUGCCAUGUCUGUGGUUGGAGGACUCAUUCUGCUGCCUUUGGUAUGUUGCUGCUGUUAUUGCUGUUGCAAGAAGAAAGUAUGUUGCUGUUGCAAGAGGAAAUCCCAUGGUCAUGAUGAAGAGGAGGAGAGACUGGCCAAGCAGCGAGAGGAAAGAAAACAGUACAGGAAGAAAAGGGAUGCUGAUAAAAAAGCACGCUAUGAUGAAAUUUGCAAGAAAUAUGAAAUUUAUCACUGUCUUCAGUCUACAUCAUAAUGAAAUGCAAGCUGCAAUCUUCAUCAGUGGAAUCAUCAUAACCACUCUAUCUCAGUGAACAUGGGGUCAAUCAAGGGUGUGUACUUGCCCUAAUUCUUCUCCCUUUUCCUCACUACAUUACUGCACUUCAUCUCUGACAACUUACCCAGAGAUGUGGAGAAAGUGUACACAACAAAUGGAGAGCUGUUCAGCUGCGUAGAGUUCAAUUUCCAAAAGCAAAUAAUGGUGUGUGCACUCUCAAACUGAGGUUCCAGAACAUUAUUGACUUCUUUAAAGAAUGAGGAAAUGGGUCUCUCACAAAAUACCUGGGAAAUGAACCAGCUCCCACAGCAUAACACCUUUCCUAUUCACAACCUCCUGUCAGUUAAGAUCAAUGUUGAAAUUUUAGGAACCGUGGACCAUUUUCUGCACCUUGUAGAUGACUUCUCACUGAAGGCAGAUGUAGUCUACUCAACGAGUGUUUCAGAAAUUUGGACAAGUUUCACUAGCCACCUCAAAGCAAUGGAGAAUUGCUACCAGUGGUGCUAUUGCAGGAUCCUUAAAAGCCAAUAGCAAGAAAGGUACACCAAGAGCAGCAUUCUUCCCUAACCCAAAAUGCCAGCAUUGGAGCACUCAUCACUCAACCAGCUGUAAUUGGCUGAACAUUUUGUUUGCCUGACGCUAGACUCCUGAAUCAUCCUAGAAUUUGAUCGUGGGAAGAGAUUCCCAGGAGAACAAUAGAAUUACUUCAGGAACGUUCUCAAAACAGCCAUGAAGAGAGCAAGUAUAUACUAACUCAUGGGACACAUUGGCUUGGGGUUGACCAAAAUGGGAAAAGGUCAUUUUGGAAGACAGCAGACAUAACUCGACAUUAUGGAGAAUGUGCAGAGAUGAAGUCAAGGGGAUGGAGGUAGUGCACAAACCUGGGUGGGGGGGAUCCCAACAACCCAGCUCUUCAAGCACUACUUGUGCUGAAUGUGACACUGUCUGCAAAUUCUCCACUGGGUUUCGUGACAAUCAUGCAAUCCAUCAAGUCAGAGUGGAAGCAAGUUCUCCUUGAUCUUUAGGAACUGCCAGAAGAAGAAUCAAAAAGAAAAUCCGGCAUUGCUGAUUAUUAUUGAUUGAUUGCCCUACAUUGGACUGUGAUCUUUAUUAAGUAUUCAUGUGUACCUAAUUUAUCUUUGCAAUAUUUUUGAUGGCAACCCAUAAAAGCAGGUAGUAAAUCUGAUCUGACAAAUUAUUCAGCUGUUUUACAAACAUUGAACAUCAGUCAUCGAAAUUGUUUCUUGUUUAAUUCAAUCAGUACAACUUCAAAUUGCCAGAUGAUAAGAAAUAAUGAUCAAACUCUUCAGCUCCACAAAAGUAGUUCAUUGCACUUCAAUUUUUUUAUUUUAAUCUGUUUUUCUAUCAACUUUUCAGAGAUGUUAUUACACACCUGUGGAGCAGGUGGGACUUGAACCUGGGCGCCUCAGUCCAGGAGUAGGGACACUACCACAAGAGGCUCUCCCACUUAAAUAAAAGAAAUCCUAACUACCUUUUUGCCUUCACCUGAACCUGGUUGAAGUCUGACUGCAUUGUCUUUUAUACAAUGUUCACAACUGGACAGGAAGGUCUUCCAGACCAAUGCCUGCUAAUUGCUUGGGACCAGAAACUUGCCAGCACUAUUAGGUGUCAAUUGUUUAUUGAUUUUUUUUUUUGAGACAGACUAAUGGAUUGUUGACGAUUUGCAGUCUGUAGGGAGACAAUGUCAAAAUUUACUCAUUACACGUUAACCACCUAUUGCUUCAGUGCUUUUAAAUUGUAUGCUACAUUUUGCUUUAAAAGCCCGGCAUUUAAAAUGAACUGUUGUCUAAUUCCUUUCUUUGAAAACAUGUCAAAAUUGCAAAAUGAGUUAAACAGCGAAGUGGAAUUGCCUCCUGUCAUACUUUAUGCAGCCAUUUGAAUUCUUGAAUUGUUACUGUUUUGACAGUAUUGGGUAAUUAUUCUAUAUUUUUGAUGUAUUAUUAGUGAACUUUUUGAUGUUGCCCAGGAACUGAGGCCAGGUCCAGUAACGUUCAAAUGAACUAAAGUGCAA